AUGGGUCCUGCAUCCAUCUUCAUCAAACAAGACACAUCCACUAAAGAUGAUUGCACUGUGAAUUGUCAACGUGAGUUCAAAUCCUCUCUGAAGAGGAAGCUUCAGCAUGUGUAUGAGGGCAUCACUCAUCAAGGAAAACCAACGUUGCUCAGCAGGAUCUACACAGAGCUCUACAUCACAAAGGGACACAGCUCUGAAGUCACUGGUGAACAUGAAAUCAUGCAGAUUGAGAUGGCAUCCAGGAAACCCAAGGCAGUGCAAGAGAAGCCAAUCAAAUGUAAAGACAUAUUCAAACCUUCACAGGGUCAAGUUAAACCUGUUAGAGUUGUGGUGACAAAGGGGGUGGCAGGUAUUGGAAAGACAUUUUCUGUGCAGAAGUUGAUGCUUGACUGGACUGAAGAAAAAGCCUGUUUGGAGAUCCACUUCAUCUUCUCAAUACCAUUCAGGGAGCUGAACUUGAUGAAGGAUGAGCAACUCAGUUUAUUGGAUCUUAUCCAUCGAUUCUUUAUUGAAAUAAGGGAGGCAGGCAUCACUGACUUUGACAAGUACACAGUUUUGUUUGUCUUUGAUGGCCUUGAUGAAUGCAGACUGCCCCUCAACUUCCAGAAUAAUGAGAUCUGCGGGGAUAUCACAAAAGUGACGUCAAUGGAUGUACUAAUAACCAAUCUUGUCAAGGGUAACUUGCUCCCCUCUGCUCGCCUGUGGAUAACAUCCCGACCUGCAGCAGUUGAUCACAUCCCUCCUGAAUGUGUUGACAGGGUAACAGAAGUACUUGGGUUUAAUGACCAACAGAAGGAGGAGUACUUCAGGAGGAGAUUUAGCAAUGAGAACCUGGCCAAAAAAAUCAUCUCACUCAUCAAGUCUUCAAGGAGCCUCUAUAUCAUGUGCCACAUCCCAAUCUUCUGUUGGAUUAGUGCUACAGUUCUUGAGCACAUGCUGAAUGAAGAUGAAGAAAAACAAAUUCCAAAGACACUGACUGAGAUGUAUGUGCAUUUCCUAGUGAUUCAGACCAAAAUAAGUUUUGUCAAGUAUCAAGGGGUAGUUGACAUGGAUCCACUCAGGAAUGAACAGACAUACAAUCGGAUCAUUCUGUCUCUAGGCAAACUAGCUUUUCAACAGCUGGAGAAAGGCAACUUGAUCUUCUAUGAGGAGGACUUGAUAGAGUGUGGCAUCGAUGUCAAAGCAGACUCGGUAUACCUGGGAGUGUUCACUCAGAUCUUCAAAGAGGAGCCUGGGCUGUGCCAGAAAUCAGUAUUCUGCUUUGUUCACCUGAGCAUUCAGGAGUUUCUGGCUGCUCUAUAUAAAAUCCUGUCAUUCUCCAAGAACACAAAUCCAACCCCCAAGUGCAGCAUCCUUUGUUGGAAACCUUCCAGUGGCAGACGUGAAAUCAAAUUUUAUCAGACUGCUGUUGAUCAUGCCUUGCAGAGUAAAGAUGGACAUCUGGACUUAUUCCUCCGCUUCCUUCUGGGUCUGUCACUGGAUACCAAUCAGUUUAUUCUCAAAAGCUUGCUGAGACAGGCAAUUAGCAGUUUAGAGAGUAAGGAGAGGAUAACAGGAUACAUUAAAAAGAAACUUAGGGAGAAUUCUUCACCAGAAAGAAGCAUCAAUUUGAUUCAUUGUCUUAAUGAACUUAAAGAUCCCUCUCUGGUUAAGGAAGUACAAAGUUUCCUGAACUCAGGAGGACUCUCCCAAGAAAAACUCUCGCUUGCCCAGUGGUCUGCUCUAGUCUACGUGUUGCUGACUUCAGAGGAGAAGCUGGAUGUGUUUGACCUCAAGAAAUACUCUGCAUCUGAGGAGGGUCUUCUUAGGCUACUGCAAGUGGCCAAAACCUGCACAACUGCUCUGCUGAACCAAUGCAGACUCUCCGACCAGUGCUGCUCAUCUUUGUGUUCAAUUCUUGCUUCCUCACAUCUGAGAGAGCUGGACUUGAGUAACAACGGCCUUCAGGAUUCAGGGGUGAAGCUCCUCUCUGCUGGAUUGGGGAACCCAGACUGUAUGCUGGAGAAGCUGAGGCUGUCUGGCUGUCUUGUCACAGCAGAAGGAUGUUCUUCUCUAGCUUCAGCAUUUACCUCCAACCCCUCCCACCUAAAAGAGCUGGACCUGAGCAUCAAUGAGCUGCAGGACUCGGGUGUAAAAUUGCUUUUACCUGGACUGAAUGAACUACGUAUACUGAGACUAAGUCAAUGCAGUCUAACCCAAGGAUGUUGCCAGGACUUUGCUUUAGCCCUCAGCUCGGCGAUGUCUAAGCUGAGAGAGCUAGACCUGAGUAACAAUGACCUACAAGAUGUCGGAGUGAAGCUGCUCGCCAAUGGACUCCGCAACACAAAAUGCCAACUCCAGAAAUUAGGGCUAUCUGGCUGUCUGGUAACAGAGGUGGGCUGUGCUGCACUGGGCUCAGCUUUGACCACGAGGGCCUCUCAACUGGGAGAGGUGGACUUAAGCUAUAACCAUCUGGGAGAAUCAGGAACAAAGCUGCUGUCUGCUCAAGUGAACAAACUUAAUGUGGAUCACAGUGGAAACAGGUGGAUCAAGCCUGGACUCAAGAAAUAUGCCUGUGAGCUCACACUGGAGCCGAACACGGCACACAAAAACCUGCUUCUGUCUGAGGGGAAUAGGAAGGUGACAUGGAUGAGAUUUGGACAGCCAUACCCUGACCACCCAGCGCGGUUUGACUCGAGGAGACAAGUGCUGUGUAGUGAGGCUCUGACCGGCCGCUGCUACUUUGAAGUGGAGUGGAAUAGAAAAGGUGUUGAUAUAGCUUUGACUUACAGAGGAAUCAAUAGAACGGGAGGUGGCGAUGACUGCGUUGGAUACAAUGACAAGUCCUGGAGUCUGUACUGCGAUGAUAAGGUUUAUGCUUAUGUUUACAAUUCUGUGACGACAGAUAUACCGGUCUCCUCCUCCUUUUCCAGCAGAACAGGAGUGUAUCUGGACUGGCCUGGUGGCACGUUGUCCUUCUACAGAGUCUCCUCUGACUCACAGACCCUCCUACACACUGUCCAAGCCAGAUUCACUGAGCCCCUGUAUGCUUGUUUCGGGCUUGGAGUGAAUGCCAUAAUUUCUUUUUGCCAACUAGAUUAGCUUCCUGUGUUUUGGCCUGGAGAACUACCCCAGUCUUCAGGACGUAGACGUCACACUCCAUUCAAGACACAUUUUGUCGAUGCAAGGCAUGAAGGUCUGUUAUGAAGCUAGACACUUAACGUGCAUAUGCAUAA